GUGUGUGUGUGUGUGUGUAGAUGGGGUCUUGCUAUGUUGUCCAGGCUGAUCUUGACAUUCUGGCCUCAGUGGCUUAUCUGAAUGCCAUUAUAAAUCAGUGGCUCUCAAGUUUCAUGUAUUUAAGAAUCACCAAGGUAUUCUAUAUGAAAAAGCAGACUCUAGGGUCCUCAUUGCCUUAGGUAGACUCUGAGAACCUGAGUCUUAAGUACUCCAGGUGGUGCUUAUAACACAUGACUCAUGGAGAAAUAUCAGUCUAAAUAACCUUUUCUCCCUCAGAUCUUUUAACUCUGGAAUUGUGUUUUAAACCUAUGAAUAAUAUAUUGUUUCUCACAUGAGCACAGAGGACAAUUGAAUAUGCUAUUGUGUUAAUAUUAAAUCCAAUAUCAAAUCCAAAACAAUAAUCAGCCAAGAGAUUCCUUUUGCAAUGGUUUAUUCAAGUCUUUUUUUUUUUUUAAGCCUUCUAGGGCUUUUAAUGCACAGUCAAUCUUUUAAAUUAGACAUCAGCCAAGUGUUAGCUCACAAUCUAUAUUGCUAAGUACUAAAAGCUGGUCCAGCAUUCUGGCAAGAAAGAUGAGCUGUGAAGAGUGAGGCUUGACAACCAAAAUGGUGUGAAGUGCUUAGAUCACCUUAGGGGGAAUCUUGGCACUAAUGCUGAUCUCUAUUUCCCAGAAGGUUCCUUUGGUGUCACAUAGUGGGGAAACCAUUAGCAGACAUACUGCGAGAAGAUUUUGAUUGCUGCAAUGCAUACAUGCUGCAUUUUCUGGGGAUUUCUUUUUACUGCUUUAAUUACACUAAAUUAUCUAAAUAAUUACUGAGGAACUAUGAGAAAGUAUAUUAGACUCAAGAAAAGGAUACAUAUCACGGUCCUUGCUCAAUAUACUUCAUAAGGGCUAGAUAGAAGUAGACUGGUAUGAUAGUAAUUAUGAUGGAAUGUGAAAGGCACAAAACAAGCGUAUGAACAAAGUGCUUAGAGCACAGAGGUUGUGAGGAGCACAGGAUGAUAUUUGAGCUAAGCCUUACUGUAUAAGUAGCCUUUCACCAGGCAGAGAAAGGAGCAAAGGCCUUUCUGCAGAGAGGUGCCAUCUUAGGAUAAAACAAUAAUAACAACUGACAUUUAUUGAGAACGUGUUUGCUAGGCAUUGUUAUAAGCACCUGUUAUGUUUUAUCUCAUUUAAUUCUCUAAAAAACUCUGUGUCAUGGGUGCUGUUAUAAUCCUCAGUAUAUACAUGAAGAAACCCAGCCACGUUCACAUGUGUGGAAUACUCUUGGGUAGCACGAGCAGGUCAGGCAAUGGCAAAUGGUGUGAUGUGACCUUGAGUCAACAUCAGAGGUCAAAGGUAGGUGGGAUCAAAGGUAGGUGGGAUCAGGUGGUGAAGUGCCCUCAUCACUUACCCAGGUUGAUAAGUGCUUUCAUUACAUGGAAGGCUUUGCUUUUGUUCUUUAAAUUAAUAUUUCUUAUUACAAAAGUAACACCUAUGUAUGAUUUUAAAAUCUCCAAAGAGCAUACAACAAAAAAGCCCUGACAGAUAUUCAGUUCUGUAACUUCCCUCCCAGGAAACAACCACGAUCGUUAACUGCUGAUGUAUCUUUGUGUAAAUAGUGUACGUAUAAGCAUCUCCUUUGUUUAUCCUUUGUUGCAUGCAAAGGAAGAUACUAUACAAAUCUUGCUUUGUAUCUUGAGAUUGGUCCAUAUCAGCACAUUUAGAGCUAUCUUAUUCUUUUCCCCAGCUCCAUGUUUUCAAAUUAUGUAGUUGAACCAUGGCUUAUUUAACAGUUAACUAAUGAGACAUUAAAUAUGCUGCAGUCAAUAAACAAUGCUGAUUUGAAGAUUUUUGUCUUCAAACAUGGAGCUAUUAUUUGCAGGACAUUGUUCUCAAAGAGGAAUUUUUGUGCUUCUAGAAAAUAAUAUAAAGAGAGGAAAAGCAUGAACAAGGUGGCCUUUUAGAGCUAUCAAUCUGGCAGCUGUGUGAAGGAUGGAAUGGAGGGUGGAGCAAUUAGAAGCAAGAGACUGGUCAAGAGUCUCUUGAUUUCUUCCUCUGUCUUCUGCUCCCAGUGAGCAUUGCUGAAAGUACCGCUAAAAGUACCAGCAAUGCUCACUGGGAGCAGAAUACAGAUGAAAAGAGUUUACGAAUGGAAUCAACUGAGGAAGGGUUUGCACAGCCUUUCUGGCUGCUCUUGUUUCUUCUCCCAUGCCUUUCUGUUUUCACUGUGCCGGUUUUGGGAGACACCUAGAGCCUAUGAUCAGAAAGGAUGUGUGCUGACAUCAUCACCACCUUUGUCUUUCAGGUACACCAAAAUGCAGAGCAAGUGAAGGAGCAGAGAAAUGGGAGAGGUGAGAAGGGGACGAUGAGGUUCGUGGCGGAGAGAUGCUGAUCGCGCCGAACUGACCGGUGCGGCCCGGGUGUGUGUGAGUGAGGAAUCUCCCUGAGUCCUCCCCAGCGGCGCGGCCGGUACCGGCUCCGUCCGUGAGCCCUUCAGUUCCCUGACUUUGAGAGGCGUCUCUCCCCCGCCCAACAGUCCAGAUGCGGUUUCGCCUUUUCUCCUUUGCUCUCAUCAUUCUGAACUGUAUGGAUUACAGUCACUGCCAAGGCAACCGAUGGAGACGCAGUAAGCGAGGUGGGUUCCUCUCUGCCAAAGCUAGUUAUGCAUCAAAUCCCAUUUGCAAGGGCUGUUUGUCUUGUUCAAAGGACAAUGGGUGCAGCCGAUGUCAACAGAAGUUGUUCUUCUUCCUUCGAAGAGAAGGGAUGCGCCAGUAUGGAGAGUGCCUGCAUUCCUGCCCAUCUGGGUACUAUGGACACCGAGCCCCAGAUAUGAACAGAUGUGCAAGAUGCAGAAUAGAAAACUGUGAUUCUUGCUUUAGCAAAGACUUUUGUACCAAAUGCAAAGUAGGCUUUUAUUUGCAUAGAGGCCGUUGCUUUGAUGAAUGUCCAGAUGGGUUUGCACCAUUAGAAGAAACCAUGGAAUGUGUGGAAGGAUGUGAAGUUGGUCACUGGAGUGAAUGGGGAACUUGUAGCCGAAAUAAUCGCACAUGUGGAUUUAAAUGGGGUUUGGAAACCAGAACACGGCAAAUUAUUAAAAAGCCAGCAAAAGACACAAUACCGUGUCCAACCAUUGCUGAAUCCAGGAGAUGCAAGAUGGCAAUGAGGCAUUGUCCAGGAGGGAGGAGAACACCAAAGGUGAAGGAGAAGAGGAACAAGAAGAAGAAAAAGAAGCUGAUAGAAAGAGCCCAGGAGCAACACAGCGUCUUCCUAGCUACAGACAGAGCUAACCAAUAAAACAAGAGACACACCUACUAGAUUUUUUUGGGUUUUUGUUUUUGCAAAAGUGCACAAAGCUACUCUCCACUCCUGCACUCUGGUGUGCAGCCUUUGUGCUGCUCUGCCCAGUAUCUGUUCUCAGUAACAUGGUGAAAGGAAGCACCACCAGCGUGGCCCCUGUGUUAUUUAUGCUUUGAUUUGAAUCUGGAGACUGCGAAGGCAGGAGGAAGUGCAUAGCCCAUGACUUGGCUCAGUGUGUGCUGAGAAUCCGUCCCUGGCGCCACGGACAGGCAAGAGGUGUGAAGCUUCAGGCCACCACUGGAGGACAGACUUGUGCCUAUUUAUGUGAAAGAAGAUGCUUGGCAGGCAAUGCGCUAUUCACUUGUGACCUUUAUUUCUCACGUUGUGCAUUUUCAAGGAUACGUUUAUGUGGAUAUCUGCUUAGUGUUACCAUGUGGUAUUCUCAGCAUCUGUUAACGUCAUACUGUUGUGCAAUGAAACUGCUUUUAGCUGAGGAUACGCUCUGGAAAUUCCUGCUUAGUUUCACAGCAGCCCUAACAUGUAUAUAUUCUGCAGGGGCUACAUAACAAGCUCUUAUUUACUGUAUAUUUAUGCUUUCUUGUGUGUAACAAGUCAUACCUGAUUAAUAUGAUGUCACUUUGUUUCUAGUGGUUCCUAACCCAUUGCCUGGUAAUUACUUUUCUAAUUUGGGGAAUUGACAAAUGUUUUGUUGCCUCUUGAAACUUUUUUUCCCCCUCAUUGUGGGUGUAUUUCUCAUUGUAAGGGUAGGAUAAACUAGUUUUUGUUUAUAGAUCAAAUGACUAGCGUCAAAGAAUUUGUAUAUUGGAUAGACCUUCCCCAUUCCACAUGUCACACACGUAGAUGAAGCAGCAGGUGGCAUCUGGCAAUCAGAAGCCCAAACUCCCUUUUGAGUCUAAGAUGUGAUGACUUUGAUGAAACACAACUGAAAACAUGAGGGACUCCAUGUAGUCACUUGUAGUUCUUGUUAUGGAGUUUUACAGGCCAGCUACAGAAUUUUCCAAACAUUAUUUGACUGACUUUAAUUUUUUUUUUUUUUUUUCAAAUUUAAAGCAAUCCCUGACUUUCAAUGACAGGGCAUCUAUCAAUGUUCUUGGGUCACUGAAGAACUUACUACCAUGAGACUGUGCAUAGAAUUUUAGGAGAAAAGAUGAAUUUCUAUGACUGCUGGUCAGAUUGUAACAGGUCUCUAUUGAGCCAGAAUGUUUCAGAUCUGUGAUGGAGAGGAACACUAUGGAGACUUCCUCGGUGACUUUAGAGCAGCUGUUUCAACACAUCAUUGUCCACUUGGAGGAACCGGUUUUUAGAAGGUUGGGAAUUGGCUUUUUCAAAAAGCAUCAUUAUUUCCUGGCUGAUCCAGGAGAAAAUUAGAGAAAAAUAAUGGUUGCGGAUUUCUGAGGAAACAAAGCAAGGUAAAACCUUUUUUUUUUAACCUUGCUUUGGCAAAACUACCUCUGCAGCAUUUUUGUUUAACUUUGGAUUCAAAAGCAUCUUACCAAUAAUGAUAAAUGUCGUAUACAUCAUUAAUAUUGCUAUAAUAAGCCAUAUAUGAAUGUUGCAUACAACUUUAGAGUUUGCAUUUAAUCCUGAAGUGAUCACCUCCUUUCAUGUCUAUUUACACUAUUUUCCCAUACUAAGUGGGGAGGGGGCUCCUAUAUAGUACUUCAUUGUUAGUAAGUCAAUACCUGUUGUUUCUGGGAUGUUCUUUUUGUGCAUUAAAAACUUCAAAAUUA